CACAGACCGGCGGGCAUGGGCCGCGCGGCCGCCCGCAAGCGGGGACGCUGCAGACAGCGCGGCGGGUCCCCGAGAGGCCGGCGACGCCGUGAACCUGGACGCCAAAGUCCUAGGAAACGCCCGAGCCCUCGGCGGAGGAAAGCGCGCGCACGCCGCCGCAGGAGGGCGCGCCCUCGCCGGAUAGUGCCCAUUCCCGAACCUUUCAACCCGGGGCCUUUGCUGCAGGAGCCUCCCCAGUACUGCAACAGCUCCGAGUUCCUGGGCUUGUGUGCAUCCCGCGAUGAUUGGCGCUGUGCGCGCUCCAUGCACGAAUUCUCAGCCAAGGACAUCGACGGGCACAUGGUCUGCCUGGAUAAGUACAGGGGUUUCGUGUGCAUCGUCACCAACGUGGCCUCGCAAUGAGGCAAAACCGACGUAAACUACACUCAGCUAGUCGAUCUGCAUGCCCGAUAUGCUGAGUGUGGUUUACGAAUCCUGGCCUUCCCCUGCAACCAGUUCGGGAGGCAGGAGCCAGGAAGUAAUCAAGAAAUCAAGGAGUUUGCAGCCGGCUACAAUGUCAAGUUUGACAUGUACAGCAAGAUCUGUGUAAAUGGGGACGAUGCCCACCCACUGUGGAAAUGGAUGAAAGUCCAGCCCAAGGGCAGGGGCAUGCUGGGAAAUGCCAUCAAAUGGAACUUUACAAAGUUUCUCAUUGAUAAGAACGGCUGCGUGGUGAAGCGCUACGGUCCCAUGGAGGAGCCCCAGGUGAUAGAGAAGGACCUGCCGUGCUACCUCUAGCCCACAAGUGUGUGCCCCCACACCGAGUCCCCCUGCCCUGUGAUCCCUGGAGCCUUCCACCCCGGCACUCAUGACGGUCUGCCUGAAAACCAGCCCGCUGGUGGGGCAGUCCUGAGGACCUGGCGUGCAUCCCCGCCGGAGGAAGGUCCAGAGGCCUGUGGCCCUGGGCUCGAGCUUCACCUUGGCUGCCUUGUGGGAAUAAAAUGUAGAAAUGUGCUGUA